ACGCCUUCCAGACGCGGAACAAAACCGGGCGCGGGAGGUCCCGCCCAGACGCCGAUUCUCAGAGGUUUCCCGCCCGUGCGCCGCCGGAGCCCCCUGCAAGAAUGCCGAACUGGGGAGGAGGCAAGAAGUGUGGGGUGUGCCAGAAGACGGUUUACUUUGCUGAGGAGGUUCAGUGCGAAGGCAACAGCUUCCACAAAUCCUGCUUCCUGUGCAUGGUCUGCAAGAAGAAUCUGGACAGCACCACCGUAGCCGUGCAUGGUGAGGAGAUAUACUGCAAAUCCUGCUAUGGCAAGAAGUACGGCCCGAAGGGCUACGGCUAUGGGCAGGGUGCGGGCACGCUGAGCACCGACAAGGGCGAGUCGCUGGGCAUCAAGCACGAGGACCCGUUUGUGGUGGGUCUGGUGCCACCCAGCUCUUGCAACAUCGACUUGAAGGUGGUCCAGGCGUCCUGGCAUAAAUCCUGCUUCCGCUGUGCCAAGUGUGGCAAAGGCCUUGAGUCCACCACCCUGGCCGACAAGGAUGGCGAGAUUUACUGCAAAGGAUGCUAUGCUAAAAACUUCGGGCCUAAGGGCUUUGGCUUCGGGCAAGGAGCCGGAGCUCUGGUCCACUCGGAGUGAGGCCCGUGAGGCCUCCGCACCCUGCCCACUCCUGUGCUUCUCAUCGCCGCUCCCUCCCAGCAGCCUCAGCCACCUCCGGACUCCGCCUCCUUCUUCUCCCAGCCUCACCACACUUCACUAAUGACUUGAACUUGGCUGUCUGGCUCCGUCUGGUUUGGGGUCUGCCUGCAGACCACCCCUCUAAAAGACUUGGCCUGCCUGGGCUGUGGCGAUGUCUCCAGUAGGGGACCUCAGUGUUUUAGUCUGAGUGGGCUGAGGACCCUCUCCCCACACCCCAGCCAACACCCCUCUUUUCAUAGCCUCUAAGACUAAGAGCCCAUCAUCUGGCCAAGACACCGGCGCCCACAUCCCAGAGCCCCACGAACAGCAGGAUGCCAGGGAGGGAGGCAUGGAAGGCUGUGGUUUAUCAUCAACCCCGAGACUCCUCAGGGGGGAAGCGGGUGGGCUGUGUCUUACCCCUCAGGCUGGAGAGCCAUCAAGCGGGGUGGGGCAGAGAGGCAGGCAAGGCCAAGGGCACAGGAAGCACCAGCUUCUAUAGGCCCCUUGCUUUUACUGAUGUCCUUCCCCUCAGGGUUGGUGGGGAAGCUGGUGUGAGGACCCCAAAGUCAGGAGGUCAUUUCACCUUUACAGGCAUCUAGCUACCUGCUUGAUUGGGCCCUUAUUGAAACACCACACACCCACUCAGUUACCAGUGGCCCCAACCUGAGGGCAGAUGGCUCCACCCCUCACACUGGGCCCCCAGACUCGGCCAGGGACAGUGCCAGCACAGCCAGGCCAGCUCUCUAGGCCUCCCUGUGGGGGAGCCACACACAGCCACAGGCUCCCCCCACACCCUCCUCCCUGCACUUGGUCCUCAAGACCUUCCUGCCCCUUCCACCCCACCCUUCUCUAGGGACCCUGCUCUUGCCACCCCGCUUCUUUCCAGGCCCCCAGGGCUGAAGCAGCAGGAGAAGGGGAAUGGGGCCAGAGGAAGACACUGGGGCCUGCGGGAAGGGGCCAUGAGGGCUGUAUUCAAGCUCACGCCUCAUCUGGCCAAUAAAGCUGUUACAACAGAA